AUGGUCCUGGCGGAGAUAAACGACAAGUGUGGAAAGAACUCCACCCUCUUCCUCCUCAAGGAGGGUAAGGACUGGAAUGAGGUUAACCUCUCCACUUACCUCGAUACGCUGGAAAAUAUGAAGAAGGACGUGCCAAGACAAGAUCCUAUUGAUGAACAAUGCGAUCCCGCUCCAGAGUGUGAACAACCAGAGAAACCGACCGUGGGAGAGUGUAACAAAGAGGAGGAAGAAGUGCAUUGGGACCUCUCAGACUCCGACUGUGAUGAUGUGCCGCCGGCUCCAGUUGUUACGAAUAGGAGGAAAUGCAAGAAAAAGGAGUCCGCAAAGAAGAAGGAUAAUAUAAGAAAGAGAACACCAAAACCUGCUCCUGUUAAUCCUGAAAGGGAAUCCAAGUGUAUAAAGGUGAGUGAGGAUGAAAGCGGAACAAACAUGAACUGCACAAUAAUAUGGGAUCUAGCAAAUGAGGACGCGUAUGAAAAUGAAGGGGAUGAAGAUACUCUGACAAUCGAAGUAAAGGUGCCGAGAUCUGGAUCUAGACAGAGAAUCCCACUACCUCCCAUAUCUCUGGAUGAUCCAGGAUCAAAUUGUGAUGCUACUACCAUUGACAUUGACGAUACUCCGGUUCAAAACGUUGUUCCAUACAAAUCAUUCGAUCAUUAUUAUGAUCGGGUCCCUAGCAAACUGGUAAUUCCGAACCCUGGAGCAACUCUAUCCACGCUAACCAUUGGUAGCAACAGAGUGUGGACCGGACAGGAAGGCGACAGAAUUCUCUACGCCAACGUACAUUGGAAGGAUGGGAGAUCAGUGCUGGUAUUCCUUGUAUUGUAUCCGAGAGGAUCCCCAAGAGACAUUUCACUAUCAUUCGUGAGGAGGAAUAAUACCUGGAUUCUAACGAAAAACUACAAUUGCGAGUUGGGUAAACUCAAAGUACCUUUGCAGUGCUGGUCAGCUUUUGCCAUUGACAUCGCCAGUAACAAAAACAGCAACUGCCACGUUUUCGAAGCGAUGAUGGACGACAUCCCAACUCGUUUCUACUACCCAAAAUUGGGAAAGAUUGCAGACAGAGUCUAUUAUGGUAAGCACAAAAUUUGGGGCUCUGAGGCUUGCCAAUGCAGACAAGAGCCGUACACAUGGCGAGCGAUAAGUCUUAGACUAUACCUGCGGAAUAAAACCCCCAAACUCCUCAAAAUCACCCUCAAGGACCAUAACGAUAGACUUGGUUCUCAACACUUUAUAUUUGCGGAGAGCAGCUGGGUUAGAAUUGACGAGUCAAGUUCCCAGGGUAUUAAGCAGACAUUAAGAACCUUUGCACAGCGACAGCAGAUCCUUGAACAAUGCAGAGAUUGAUUUUAACAAAUGCAGUUAUUUGAAUCGGAAACUUUAAUGCAAUUAAAAUCUCCAAAUAUAAUGCGGUUUAUAAUAUUUUAAU